AUCCCUACCAGGCCGUCUAUUCCUUCCGCCCUUGCGCGUUGUCUCUCUUUCUACCUGGUUUGAGCGUCAUUCCUCUCACAUCUGCCACCUCUCUUGCCGCUCUUUUCAAGAGCUGUGGCCGAGAUGCUCAAUUCCUCCUGUCGAUCUCUAUGGUUGAUUUGCCUGAUCUUGCUCACGUUGCUCCAAACCACACAAUCCUUUCGGCAGUUUGAACGUCGCAGUGACCUUGCCAACAUCCCACCAGUCUCGGUCUCGGGCUGGACUGUCCCCCUACGUGGCUCGAGAACAUGCACACCGCACGGUUCCUGUACCGAUUCCUUGACCCCACCUCCAACCACAAAACCUCUUCAAUAUCUCACUUUGGGUCGAGGUCUUUACACCUAUACCUGUAAUGGUGAGGGACCAGACGAAGUGCCAAGGUUCCAAUCUCAAUCCACACAGUUGUACAACGCUGCGCCUCUGAUACCUCGACUUGCCAACGAAGAUGCCUUUCACGCAUUGGUUGCUGAGCUUGCAUUGUUUGAUUACAUGAGCCUCGAGAACUCGACCUUGGAGUGCAUUGGCGCUAUCGGAACCGUCAACAAUACUGCCAUUAUUACACUGGUCGAGAUUGCCACAUUCGAGGCCUGGGCCUACGAGUCAAUCCUCUCUCCCAGGCCUUCAGUGGAUGGGCGAUGGGCUCAUUCGAUUCAAGCAAAAACGAAUCAAAGAUAA